AUGCAUCUUAUGUACACUCUCGGCGAGGAUGGCAAGCGGAUCUACACCUUGAAGAAGGUCCUUGAUGGUCGCACCACCAAGUCGGCCCACCCUGCCAGAUUCUCUCCCGAUGACAAGUACUCCAGACACCGUGUUACCCUCAAGAAGAGAUACGGUCUGCUUCUCACCCAGCAGCCUGAGAAGGAGGCUGCUCAGUUGUAA